AAAGGAAUGUCUUAUUCCCUUUGGCUUACUAGUUUUCUAGGAGUUUGGUAUAACUCGCUAGCUUUGGAUUCCAUAUCUUUAUGACUUAGGUUAUAAAUCAAUGGAUCUUACAGCGAAAAAAAUAUUCUCUUAUACACAAACCAAUAACCACAGAUAUAUUAUCAUCUAUUAUAUUUUUUUGGUCGGGGUCCACUCCCCCAUGUAAUCCCACUAUCAAAAGUUCGAGUCGUGUUUGAGACUUUGAAUAGCCUACGAAGGUAGCACACCAACUUGCCCAAGUGGUUCUCGACGGCGUACUAGAAGUUUAAAACCACACCAACAACUCAAAAUAAUCCAAACUCUCCAAUAACAAGAAAAAUAAUAAUGGAAGAGAGAAAAGAAAAGAGAAUAAUCAUGUUCCCUUUACCAUUUCCAGGACACUUCAACCCGUUGGUCCAACUGGCCAGAAUAUUUCACCACCGCGGCUUCUCCAUCACGAUCAUCCACACCUCUUUCAACUUCCCUGAUCCUACUCACUACCCAAACUUCACUUUUCGAACCAUACAUCACCACAACGAAGGAGAAGAAGAAGAAGACCCUCUAUCUAAACCGGGUGCUUCAGGUAUGGACCUCGUCACAUUCAUUCGUCAGCUGAGAGAAGGUUACGCGAACCCGUUUCGUGAGUCUCUGAAGGCGGAAGUAGGUGGAGGAGAGAGGGCGUGUUGUCUGGUGUCUGACGUUGUUUGGGGUAGGACCACGGAGGUUGCAGCGGAAGAGGUUGGGAUUAGAAGGAUGGUGUUAACCACAAGUGGUGUGGCGUCUUUUUGUGCUUUUGCCGCUUACCCUUUCCUUAGAGAUAAGCAUUACCUCCCUAUACAAGAUUCUAGAUUGGAUGAGCUAGUGACGGAGCUUCCACCUUUGAGAGUGAAGGAUCUUCCAGUCAUGGAAACGAAUGAGCCGGAGGAACUAUACCGGGUAGUUAACAACAUGGUGGAAGGAGCCAAGUCUUCUUCAGGAAUCAUAUGGAACACAUUCGAAGAUCUUGAAAGAAUCGUACUCAUGAAUUUUAGUACCGAGUUUCAAGUUCCCGUCUUUCCCGUCGGACCGUUUUACAAACAUAGCGAAAAUAUUUUACCGACGACAAAGAACAAAGAAGACCAUGUAACAACUGAUUGGCUCAACAAGCAAGACCCGCGGACUGUGGUAUAUGUGAGUUUUGGAAGCCUUGCGGAUAUAGAGGAGAAGGAGUUUCUUGAGAUUGCUUGGGGUUUAAGAAAUACUAAACAGCCGUUCUUGUGGGUGGUUAGGCCGGGGAUGGUCCAAGGGACUGAAUGGCUCGAGUCAUUGCCUUGUGGGUUUUUGGAAAACAUUGGUCAGAAGGGGAAAAUUGUGAAAUGGGUGAAUCAGUUAGAAGUAUUAGCGCAUCCUGCAGUAGGAGCGUUUUGGACACAUUGUGGAUGGAACUCAACGCUGGAGAGCAUAUGUGAAGGUGUUCCAAUGAUAUGUACGCCAUGUUUUACAGACCAGCGUGUGAACGCGAGGUACAUUGUUGAUGUGUGGCAGCUUGGGAUGAUGUUAGAGAGAAGUAAGUUGGAUAGGAAGGACAUUGAGAAGUUAUUAAGAAAGGAAAUGGGAGAGGAAAUGAGAGAGAGUUGCUUGAAGUGGAAAGAUAGAGCUAAUGUUUGCUUAAGUAAAGAUGGGUCUUCUUCCAAGUACUUAGAAAAACUUGUGAGUCAUGUCAUGUCUUUUGACUCAUAUGCUUUUGCAAGUUAAAAGCUUUUACAAACGAGCAAUGUUUUAUAAAAUUUAUCAAACCAACUUUUGCAUGUUUUAUUUACUCUUAAAAUUGUAAUAUUGGUUGUUUUGUUAUAUAUAUAUCAACAAAAAAAUAAAAAUUAGACUGA